UGGAGAGCGCGUAUUUUCUAUCCUUGCCUCUUCCAACUCCCCGCAUCCUGUAAAACUCUGAGAAAUGAGGCUCGCAAUGCUAAAUCUUUACAUUACUGACUGAACAACUUGCACUGGAUUCGUUUUGAAGAGAUGUUGGUGUUUUACACGAUAGCCUUACUUGUGCAACAAGUCAGAUGUCAUUCCAAGAUCAAAUUUCCUCAGACACCGUCGACAGGUGGUAUGGUGUCUACAAAUAAGCCAAGUGAUGCUUCUACUACACUGGAAUUAAGUAGAAACAUUAGCACGGUUCUCGAGCAUUUGCUGCGUAACUAUGACAAUCGUCAAAGACCAGAUCAUGGAGGUUCUCCAACAAUAGUGACGACCAAUUUUUUGAUUCGAAGUAUGGGGCCCAUUUCGGAAUUGGAUAUGGAAUAUUCGAUGGAUUGUUAUUUUCGGCAAAAAUGGACAGAUAGACGCCUGAUGUUCGAAGGCCCUAUUCCAAGUCUUAGCCUUAAUAUCAAGAUGCUAGAAGGAAUCUGGAAGCCUGAUACAUACUUUCACAACGGAAAAGGCUCCUACUUGCAUACCAUUACCCUGCCAAAUAAGCUGCUACGAAUAUUUCAAGAUGGCCAAGUCCUUUAUUCCAUGAGGUUAACCAUCAAAGCAACGUGCCCUAUGUUAUUGCAGAAUUUUCCUAUGGAUAAACAGUCCUGUCCUCUAGUGUUUGGAAGCUAUGGCUAUACCUUGGAUCAUCUGAUGUACCAAUGGGAUCCGAAUGGUGCUGUUAGUCUGAAUGAAGGUUUAGUUUUAUCUCAAUAUGAUCUAAUUGAUUUUCCAAUGAAAAAUGCAACUAUUAGUGCUAAAACAGGAAUGUUUUCUGUUCUACAAGUGAAUUUCAAUUUACGUCGGCAUAUGGGUUACUUCCUAAUCCAAGUUUAUGUGCCAUGUAUUCUCAUUGUUGUGCUAUCUUGGGUAUCAUUCUGGAUUAAUCGUGAGGCCACAGCUGAUCGAGUGGGUCUAGGCAUCACCACUGUCUUAACACUUUCAACCUUUGGCCUAGACACUAAAACAGAUCUCCCAAAAGUCUCCUAUCCCACAGCCUUGGACUGGUUUGUCAUUAUGUGUUUUACUUUUGUAAUUGCUACGCUUCUCGAGUUUGCCGGUGUUCACUAUUUUACGAAAAUUGGGAGUGGAGAAUUCCCUUGCGUGGGCUCGGGAUCCGACACGGAAGAAGGGUUUUCAAGGGUCUUACAAUCAGGUCCAACGACUGUUAGUGGCAGAGAUAUGGUUACAUACCCUAGUCCUAUUCUGAGAUCUUCCAAAAGAAGGCGACCUUCUGGACAUUUGCCUAGCUGUCGGGAUCUAAGGAUUUGCUGCAUUCAGUUCUGGAACUGCAUACUGGCAAGUGAAGACUACAAAGCUGCAAUGAGACGGCGGGUAGCGCCAGAUGCUGUCAACAGUGUCAGCAAAAUUGAUGAAAUAUCUCGCAUUUUAUUCCCUUGCUGCUUCGUGGCGUUGAAUUUAUUUUAUUGGUUUCUGUACGGAAGUAAACAUCAGUCAUCUACGUGGGAAAAUAUAUAAAUAGGAUAUAAUUUAACUGUGGCAUUAUUAGCAUCUAGAUUUGCAAAUUUCGAAAACGUGUUCAUUUACAUUUUUUUACUUAUGCAUGAAUGUAAAAUGGGCUUUUUAUAAUUACCAGAUAAGCAAACAAUAAUUUUAUGUAUUAUGCUAACUACAGAUAAAUUUCGAAACAUUCUUUGUAAUUUAUAGAGCUUCUUUAAAGUAUUUUUAUGUGAUUUUUAAAAUUAUGUACUAUCUUUUAACUAAUUGAACAUUUGAUUAAUUAUCGUUUCUAUCUGUAAAGUCGGCUUUAUCUUUAUGCUUUAGUUUCUAUAGCAUGGUACUAGUCAGCAUAAUUUGUGUAAUAAGCUGGCUCAUUUCCAUUUUCCACAAAAAGAUUUUCCUUAAAUAAAUAUUCCAUGUAUUUAAGAGGCAGAUAAAUAUACUGUUAUCAAUAUGUUCUGUUACAGUUACAUUUUCAUAUAAUUUUUGAUUAAAUUUAAUACCUAGUACAUUCAGUAAAAAAAUUGAGAGAAAUUAUUGAUAGAAACUGAUAAAAUGAAUAUUGAGAGAAAUUGAUAAAUUGAAUAUUUAAAUAAUUCGCCCCUCCCAUUUUUAAAAUUCAGCCAAAUGUUAACUAUUUAAGUGAAUUUAAACAUGUAUGAAAAAUUUAGUUUUCAUUUCUUGAAUCCUAAAAUUAUUUAAAUUUCUUUCCUGUUAAAAAUUCUUGAAAUGAUUUAAGAGCUUUUUAAAUUGAUACCAGUGUUAAUAUGGGAAUUAACUGCUUCUAAUAUCCAGGUACUAAUUUCAUAGUACUUUUUAGAUGGAAACCCUAAUUCACUUUUCAUCCCCAUUUCGUUGUUCAGUCUUUAAAUGUUUAAAUGCCUUUUCUUUGGCGAUAGUAAAAUCCAAAUGAUAUCUUAAUUUACAACCUCAGAAAGAAAAAAAAAUAUAAGAAUAUUUCCACUAUCUAGAUGGCUAUGUUUACUUUAGAGAUUUUAACUUAUUUUAUUUGAAUUUAACUGUUAGCAAGUUCCCUGCAGAAAAUUAACUUCUUUUAUUACUAAUAAAUAAAUAAAUAAAUAAAAUAAAUCCCAUUUUGAGAAAACAUUGAUGUUAAUAAUCCCUUUGCUAUAAAUCAUUUAUGUUUCCUUUUACUGAAAUGAAGAUAGAGCCAUUAUCUGAAAACAGAAUGUAAAUUUAUCAACGAUAAACUUAAAAUAAAAAUUUUAAAAUUUUGAUGAAUAGGAUAAAGCUUUUUCACAUAUAUGCAUGCAAUUUUUGGGCAGUAAAAUGUUGUUAUAUAGACUUCUGUUUAUUUCCGAAAAAUGCUUAAGUUUUUUAUAUUUCAGAAUAUUAAAUUUCAUUUGUAUUGACUGCUAUGUGUUAUAACUAUGUCCCAAUAAAAUAUUUUUGUUAGAUGAA